AUGAUAAAUAAUCACCCUUGUACAUUUUAAUCAGAAUGUGUUUCUCUUUAUAAUUGUAUAGAUGGAAUAUGCACUCAUAAGAAUUUCUUUCCUCCAACCUUUCCUGAAUUAAUAGGUAUGCUUAGUAUAGCUAUUUUUACAGGAUUUGCAUCCCUUGCAGGUAUUUAAUUAAAUUAUAUCAUAUUUUAGGGAUAGGAGGAGGAGGAGUUGUAGUUUCUUUAAUGACAAUGUUUUUUAACUAUUCAUAGAAAGAAGCCUUGUUGGGAGUCUUCUUACCUAUAUUUGGAGCUGCCUUAGGAAAUUUCAUAAAUCUCGCUUAGCAAGAAGAUCCAUAAACAAAAAGUCCAGUUGUUAAGAUAAGAAGUGGAAUAGUAGUAUGUCCAGCAAUGAUAAUAGGUAGUAUGGUAGGUCUUAUUCUAAAUAAGAUAUUACCUGAAUUUUUUUUAAUAUCUAUUUUGCAAUACUUUUUAUUUUUUUCAUGCAAACAGUUUUAUAUAACUGCUCUUAAAGAAUGGAAUAAUGAAAAUUAAAGAAAAUUAACUAAGAAUUAUAUAGAGAUUCCUAUAAUAGAUAAAUUAUCAGAAGAAAAAUAAGUAUCUAUGUAGAGUACAUCAUUAAAAGAGAAUUUGGAUUUAAUUGUAACAAUUUGUGUCAUUGUUAUAACUGUACUUUUAGGGUUUUUUCUAAGAGGGUCUUCAAAUUUCAAAUCAAUUAUAGGAAUAUCUUAUUGUGGAUUCUUUUAUUGGAUGAUUACAUUAGGUUUGGUUGUAAUAUUAUAUUAUUAUUUUGAUUAUAUUUUUGAUAGAUUUUAAAAAGAAGAGUUAAAACCAUUAAAAAAAGAAUGUUUAAGAGAUUCAUUUUAAGCUGGUUUAUUUAAUGGAUUUGGUUUAGGAGGUGGUAUGAUUUUGAUACCAAUGUAUUUGAGAAUGGGAUUCACAACUAUUUAAAGUACAGGAACAUCAUCAUUUAAUGUUUUAAUUAGUUCAUUUUAAGUUGCAGCAUAAGUAAUUAUUCUAGGUUAUAUGGGUAUGCUUUAAGCAAUUUCUUUGUUUACAAUGACUGUUAUCGGAUGUUAUUUCUCUAGUUCUUUUAUUUUUAAUAAUUUAAAAAAAAGAGAUAGAUUAUCAUUGAUUAUGUGGGGAUUAGUUGGAUUUACCAUUUUUGCAAUGGUUAAUAUGGCAGUAUAAUUCUUUUAGAAAUGGUCUCAAUAUGGUUAUUAAAUAUCGGAAUUAUUUGCAUUUUAAAAUAUAUGUUGA